AUGUGGUCUACUUGCUUGCUCUCAUUCCUCUCUCUUCUUUCACUUGCUCUCUGCAACGAUGGACUCGUCGUUCAAACAACAGUCGGCGAGAUCCACGGCUUCAUCAACGCCAGCUCUCCCCUCGUGCGCCAAUUCCUAGGUGUCCCAUACGCAGAGCCUCCACUUGGCAACCUGCGAUUUGCGCCUCCUCAAACCAAGUCAAACAAUGGUUCCAUUAACGCCACUACAUUUGCACCAUCAUGCAUGCAACAAUUUAGCAACAGUUCAACAAUCUACACUGUGCAAGUUCCUCAAUUUCUGAUCAAUGGGGGUAAUUCGGAAGAUUGUCUUUACCUGAAUAUUUGGGCCCCUGCUUUGAAAACGGAAGCUCCCCAGGAAGUGGCUCUUCCGGUGUUUGUGUAUAUCCCAGGUGGAGGAUUCACGAGUGGUGGUGCGAAUUCGAUUGCCAAGUUCCCUGAUAGGUGGAUUCAGAGGACGCAAUCCCAUAUCGUGGUGGUCAUGAACUAUCGACUGAAUGUCUUUGGCUACCCGAAUGCCAAAGGCCUGACAGAUCUCAAUCCAGCCGGUGCUGCAUCCGUUGGUAUCUACGGCUACGCCUACCCCAACGAUCCCAUCGUCAGCUCUUUGAUCUGUGAUUCGGGCUCAGCAAAUCUCCUGGGCAGUACCGACACGACGCAAUCCAAUUUCACAUUUCUAGCGGGACUCGUAGGAUGCGGCGGUCUCGAUGCCCAGCCCGAAUUGAGCUGCAUGCGAAAUGUUUCUGCGGUUUCGAUUGAAAAUGCGUUGAGCAAUUAUGCGAUUAGUGGGAUGAAGCCCGCUAUUGCGUUCACGCCGUUUCCGGAUAAUAAGACGGCGUUUGGGAAUACGACGGAUAGGGCCGUGAGGGGACUUGUUGCUGAUAUUCCUGCGAUUUUGGGAAGUAAUGCGAAUGAAGGUGCUGGAUUUGUGUCUUAUACCCCGAAUGGGCCUGGGUCUGCGGCUCUUUUUGCAACGACUGAGAACAUUAUUGCUUGUCCUCUUGCAGAAGAAGUGAAGACAAGAAACUUGGUUGGAUUACCGACAUAUCGGUACCAAUACGCUGGAAACUUUUCAAACAUCUCUCCUGUAUUUUGGAUGGGUGCUUAUCACAGCUCUGAAUUGCCACUUCUGUUCGGCACUCAUGAUCAAGUCUUCAAGGGGCCAUCAACAGCACUUGAGUACAAUGUAUCACAUGCAAUGGAAGCACUCUGGCUUUCAUUCGCUUCGAACCCGAGCGGAGGUCCGGCAAGAUGGACUGCAGAAACAGGAUACUUUGCAUGGCCACAGUAUCAGCAGAACUCGAGCUCGAUGUUACUCUUUGCGCGUGAAGAGACUGUGCAGCAGCUGGUUACUGGCGAGAGGAUUGAUGGUAAUUGUACAUUUUGAUGGGAAUGGGGGAGCUCAACAAAAUGGC